AUGGAGUUUGGGACUCGUGAAUUCUGGCCUGAUGGGACAAAUGUUGAAAAACAGAGCAAUUUAACAAGUGAAAGAACGUUCCUACGAGAUUUAUCACCUGGUUCAACUAAUAAAGUUUUGGUCGGGGUUGUUAUUUCAAAGCUUUCGGUUCAUUCAUUUCCUGAUAAAAAGAAUCCUGGUUCUGAGCGCUACUCUUUGGGCUUUACAAUACGAGAUUCUCCCAUGGACUACGUGAACGUCACUUGCUGGGGAAAUGGCCCAUUCAUCAACGAUAUUGCUAAAUCCUUCAAAAUUAAUGACGUCGUUGAAAUUCGUAAUCCUCAAGUAUCACCGAAACAGGCCAGUGAUUACGAGCAACAAUGGAAACCAUGGACACCCAGUAACGUCCAACUGAAUGUCAGCGAGACACAUUCAACAGUAUCUCUGUACAGCGGCUGGGAUCUCAACGACAUGAACGUUCUUCUACACACGCCUGUUAAAGAAAAUGGGGACUAUUGUGUUAUUGAUGAUAUUUUGACCUCAGGACAGAAUCUACAUGGAGAUCAUUUGAACGUUUUAGUAGCGGUUAAACAUGUUGCGACUCCAAAAGAUAUCAUGACCAAACGUGGAAAACAGGUUCAGAAAUGUGACGUCCAAGUGUUUGACGAAACUUGUCACUCCUUCCCAAUGUUGAUAUGGGAUGAAAAUAUAAUUGAAAUGGCAGUAUCAUGGAUCCCAGGAGAGACAGUGUUGUUCAUCGCAGAUUUGAAAAUUGUUUAUGAUGAUUACAAAAAUGCAAUGUCGUCGGUCUGUGACAACAGAACUAUAAUCACUGUCAAUCCAGACACCAGACAGGCCCAUCAGCUUUAUAGCUAUGCUCAAACACCAGAAAUUCUCAAUGGAUUAACGAUGGAAAACAAUGGGGGAGGAAAAGGCUUUAAUUUGGAUGGUAUUACUGACGUCUACACUAUACAGCAGAUGAAACAGUGCAUUACCAAAGCUGGUGAAGACAAUGGUCGUCCAUCAGAUGAUAUUACUGGAAUCGUUUUUGCUUUUCUCACGAAGUUCAACAUUGAUGACAAUACUGAUAAUAUCUUAACAAUGAGAUGGUAGGUUAGAAAGAAAGAA